AUGCUGCGACUGAGUCGCCUGCACAAGACGGCGCUGCCGAAGCUCGUCAAUGAGGUCCGCCGCACCCCCGCGUACCUGCGACACGCCCCGCCGGGUUUAUACGUCACGUGCGACUUCGAGAAGGCUGCGCGGCACACGACGCUGCUCGUGGAUGCCUCAGCCGAGGGUGAACCACCGCUGACGAGUGGCGUCUACGUUCUUGCCUCUACAGGGGGCGACGACCUCGACUUUCAGCAGGCGCAGAGCGUCCUCGUUGGUCUCCCAGGCGCGCAGGACGCGACGCAGGCCUCGCGCUUCGUGGACGCCGUGCUGCGCCCCGCCCUAACACGCAGCGGCAUGGCAAUCCCGUUUGAAGGCAUCCGGACAAUCGUCCUGCCCGAGCUGCACCCCUUCGUUGCGCACACCGUCACGGAACUCCUCUCGCGCCUGCCGCAAGUAAAAUUUGCGUGUGGCCCAUUGAUGACCGCGUUUCUUUCCGACGCCAACUUCUUUACGGGCGUGCGAAAGUCCCUGUGCGAGAACGACGCACAUCUCCACGCAAAGUCGAUCACAUUUGCCGAUGUGCCGCAGAAAAACCUCCACCCACUAGAGGACGGCUCGGCGGUGCCAGUCUCCGGCGAAUGUCGCCAGCUACUCAUGGCGACGGGCGACCUCUCGCACGCGCGCGAGAGGUGGCGGCGGGACCGACGGAACAAGCUGAAGCAUUUUGAGUCGUACCCACUCUUCUUGUACGACCCGGCCUUCUGCGCGAUGCUCGCGCCCCCUUCUGCCGGUGUGCACUUUGAUUGGCUGCCGUUUGUCGUCCACGAGGCAGACGCCGGUGCGCUUCUACCGCUGCCGGAUUUUUUUUCCCUCCAGAAGCCCGGUGGAUCUCCCCUUCUGGAGGUCUGGAGGCUCCGUGAGCAGGCGCACCAGGUGGCAACGGCGCUGGAGAAGUUUCCAGAGACGCAGCGUGUGCUGACUGCGUGUUACGGCGAGGUCUCCGGUGGCGCCGACGGCUACCUGGCGCGGCUGCAGCAGGCAGUGCAGAAGUUGGAGGAGCUGCGGAGUCGUCUUGGCCGCCGUCUGGCCACCGACGCCACGCGGGACACGGAGAGGUGGGGCGCCAUUCUGGAAGAAAAGGUCCUGAAGGAGGCCGUUUUCACGAACACGGCGGAGACGCCGACGGCGGCGGAGGUGCUUGCGGAGUACAGGCGCUGGGCAAGCGCCGCCUUCUUGGGAAGGCUCUCGCGCGCGCUCGCGCUGGCCGCCGCCACACUCCCCCCUGAUGCCCUGCCGGAGGCGGCCAAAGAGGCGGCCCCGUCGCCGGCGGCGGCGACGGACGAGGACGGGGCGGCCGGCGUGCAGCUGCUGAAGCGCCACUUCGAGGGGCGCGGGAUGGCCUCACUCACGCCGGUGCUGGAGCAGGAGGAGAUUGACGUCUCGGUGUUCCUGGCAAUGAGCCAGGAGGACUGCAAGAGGGUGUUUAGGGCCACCUUUGGCGUGGUCAAGAAGAUGGAGCUGCUGCAGCAGGAGCUCCGCUCGUCACAUUAA